AUGGGAUCCAUGAUCUCCUCAUCCCUUAGCUCUCUCCCCUCUUUCCGAGAGUUCAUCACGCUCACCCCCAAGACCUACGCGGUCCUAGUCAACAUCUUCCAAUACUUCCCAGUCGUAACCAUAGCCCAAUGGCUCCUCUCCUACCACCCCGCCGGCAAAACCUCCCUCCGCUCCUCCCCCCUAAACCUCCCUGGCCGCCUCGCCUGGUGUCUCAUGGAAAUCGUCGGCCCUCUAAACCUCCUUUACACCCUCCACGCCUCUCUCUCCGGUGAUUUCAGCGUCCUCCCCUGGCAGAACCAAUUAGUCGGACUGCUGUACGUGGUGCACUAUGUGAAUCGCGCAGUGAUCUCGCCGUGGUUCGUGGCGCCGAGCAUGUCGCCGAUUCAUGUGUUUGUGAUGGUGUCGGCGAUGGGGUUUAAUUGGGUGAAUUCGAGUUGUCUGGCGGGGUGGGUGUUGGGGUAUGGGCUUGAUGUUGAGGGGUUUGAGGGUGCUGUGAGUGGAAAUGGGGGUGCGUAUGGGGGAGCUGGGUUUGGAUUGAUACCGUGUGUCGGGCUGGGGUUGUUUGUUGUCGGCAUGGUUGGGAAUAUUUACUCUGAGAGGGCAUUGUUCCGGCUUCGUCGUGAGGAGGGUGAUAAACGCGCUGCGAAGAAGGGCAAUGCCAGCAACGACCAUGACAACAAAUACCACAAAGUCUACGUCAUCCCUCCCAAGCAAGGCGUCUUCCGCUCAAUCCUCUACCCGCACUACGUUUUCGAAUGGAUUGAGUGGUUCGGUUUUGCGCUCACCGGGACGGCCAUCUUCCCCGCUGGAAGUGGUAGCGUGAAUCCAAUUGCUGCGACGGCGUCUGCGGCCGCGGCGGUUCCGAGGAUCAGGUUGGCGCCGUGGUUGGUUCCGGCGGCUGUUGUUGCAGAGAAGUUGAGGGCGCCGUUGCCUUUGUCUGCGCUUGUGUUCGCUGUGAAUGCCGUGGCGAAUAUGCUCCCUCAUGCGCGUUGGGGACGAAAGUGGUAUGUUGAGAAGUUUGGGGAGGAGGCUGUUGGGAGCAGAGGUGCUGCCGUUCCGUGGUGUCCGUGGUUGUAG